ACACCAACCCAUAAACAACGCAGCUCUUCUUUUGUUUCUCUCUCUCUCUCUCUCUCUAUUUCUGUGUGUGUGGGGGGCAGUCGAUGCUAGGGUUUGUCUUAGAGGUUCGUGAGGAGGGUGAAAGAGAGGGUUUCUUCGUUAAAUGCUCUCUCCCUUCUCACUCGUCUCUCUUUUCAUGUCUUCAAUCGACCCCUUUCUCUCUUCCUCCCCUCUCCCUUCAGGGCCUCACAAAACCCUAAUUCUUGCUUUCGGUUCUCACUUUUUUCACAUACCUCAUCCCCAAUCUUCUUCCUCCUCUUGUUCACGCGUUUCUGGGUAUUCAAAUACGAUUCUCUCUGCGCAAAAUGACUGAUUCUAAGCUAUUCAUAUUUGGGUCAUUCUCUGAAGAUGAGACCAAGUCACUGCUUCUAAAGCAAUCACCGGGGAAGCAGUCACCUGUGAAGGGUGAAAAGCCAGUGGAAACAAACGUAUUGCAGUUUGGUUCGAUAAAUUUUGUUACGGAUAAAUCUUUAGUUGAGUUGAAUGGUGAAUCGAGUAGACAGCAAAGUUCUUUGAAAGGGCCGAGCAAAUUGCAGUCUCUAAAUGCAGAUAAUAACCACAAUGAAGUGAAGACUGCAAAAUCAGGAGAUGAUAAUUUACUAGGAUCAGUGGCAAUUCCAACACAGAAUGGGUGUGCGGAUCAUCACAGUCAUAGUUCUAGUCAUAGUAAUGGUGUAAAGGAGGUUACGACAGAUGAUAUUGAUUUAUCUUCAUCACAUCUAUCUCAGAAUGAAGGUGGUUUCUCAAAUCAAUUUUCAAGUUUGAAUUUGCAAAGCAGAGAGCAGAAUGGUAGUGUUGGUGAUUUAUCAGUUUCUGAUUCUAAGGGUGAACUCCAAAAGUCCUUGAACGGGCCUGCCACAGUCUGUACAAUUUUGUUGCCUCGUGGUUUAAUCAACUUGGGAAAUCUCUGCUUUCUUAAUGCGACUCUGCAGGCUCUCCUAUCCUGUUCUCCUUUCGUUCAACUUCUUCAUGAAUUAAGAACUCGCAACAUCCCCAAGAUUGGCUACCCCACAUUGUGUGCAUUUGCUGAGUUUGUCUCUGAAUUCGACAUGCCUAGUUCAAGUUCAAAGAAUAAAGAUACAAGUGUUGUCGAGACUGGUAGGCCUUUUAGCCCUGCCGUGUUUGAAGGUGUUCUUAAAGCUUUUACUCCAGAUGUGCCAAGUACCAUAUCAGGCAGGCCAAGACAAGAAGAUGCUCAGGAGUUUCUUAGCUUCAUUAUGGAUCAGAUGCAUGAUGAGUUACUUAAGCUUGAAGGACAAUCCUCGUGCUUAAAUGGGGGAAAAUCAUCUCUUGUAUCUUCUGCAGAAGAUGAUGAAUGGGAGACGGUUGGCCCAAAGAAUACAUCUGCAGUAACUAGAACACAGAGUUUUGUCCCUUCAGAAUUGAGUGAUAUUUUUGGAGGACAAUUAAGAAGUGUGGUGAAGGCAAGAGGAAAUAAAGCUUCUGCUACUGUACAACCAUAUCUAUUGCUGCACCUUGAUAUUAAUCCUGAAGCUGUUCGUACUAUUGAAGAUGCACUUAAGUUGUUUUCUGCUCCAGAAACUCUUGAGGGAUAUCGAACAUCAGCUGCGGGCAAGGCUGGUGUUGUGAGUGCAAGUAAAUCAAUAAAAAUACAAAAGCUUUCAAAGAUAAUGAUACUGCAUUUGAUGCGUUUUGGUUAUGGAAGUCAAGGAAGCACCAAGUUGCAUAAGCCUGUGCACUUUCCACUCGAAUUGGUGUUUGGUCGUGAAUUGCUUGUUUCUCCAACAUCUGAGGGUCGAAAAUACAAACUUGUUGCUACAAUUACUCAUCAUGGGAGAGAUCCUUCCAAGGGGCAUUAUACAACUGAUGCUCUUUAUGCUAGUGGUCAGUGGCUCCGGUUUGAUGAUUCAUCUGUCACAGCAAUUGGGACCAAAAAAGUGCUGCAUGACCAGGCAUAUGUCCUUAUCUACAAACAGUUGUAGAAGGCAAAUUGGGAUCAGUACUGUGUUGCAUGACUGAGCUUAUGUUGUGGGAAGUUAAGCAUUCCCUCUUCAGAGACUUCUCAUUACUAUCAUCGGUAUAAUUUAUGCAUUAGAUUCAAAGUCACCACUCAGGAUUAUAUCUGGCUGUCUCAGGGGGUUGCAAUGAACUCCCCCGCCUAUCCAUCUAUUGGUGGCUAAAGAAAAUGACUGUAACAUAGUUGAUGAUUCAGUGCAGCAGUUGUUUUUCAGGUAUUGUGUUGUAAUAUAUGAAAAGAUGCUGCUGCUCUGCAAUUAUAUCUUCAGUGAAUGCUUUCAUUGUAUACAACUAUCAUAAAUAGAUUGGUCUUUGUGGCUGUUUCCUGUC